UUCUUCAGGGAAGUUCAUCUAACAGCCAUCAACCAUGAAGAUUCUUAGCUACCUCCUGGUUUACCGAAAGUUCCUGCUCAUUGUCCUCACCCCACUGCUUUUACUUCCACUUCCACUUAUCAUCAAAACCAAAGAAGCAGAAUGUGCAUACACGUUGUUUGUAGUUGCCAUCUAUUGGCUCACAGAAGCUUUGCCACUGGCUGUUACAGCUUUGCUGCCUGCCUUUAUGUUCCCCUUGUUUGGUAUAAUGGCAUCCAAGCAGGUAGCAUCUGCUUAUUUUAAAGACUUUCAUCUGCUGCUGAUUGGAGUGAUUUGUUUGGCAACGUCAAUAGAAAAAUGGAAUCUUCACAAAAGAGUGGCUUUAAAAAUGGUGAUGCUGGUGGGUGUCAACCCUGCAUGGCUUAUGCUGGGUUUCAUGGUUAGCUGUGCUUUCUUGUCAAUGUGGCUCAGCAACACCUCUGCUGCUGCCAUGGUGAUGCCAAUCGUAGAAGCUGUAGCUCAGCAGAUCAUCAGAGCUGAAGCAGAAGCUGAUGAGCUGGAGAUGUCCUGCUCUAAUGGCUCCAUCAACCCAGCCCUGGAGCUGGACGAAAAUAUAGGAGAACAUGAAAGCCCAGAUUGGAAAGAGAAAGAAAAACCAGUAAAUGGAUAUAACAACAAUGUGGGUAGUACUGUAUGCACAGUUGAAAAGGAAAAUGAAAAAGGAAAUGAACAGCAGAACCUACCACCUGCUGAAGCAGAGAGAGAAAGCAGAAAGGACAAAUACAGUGGGAUUUUCAAAGUGAUGUGUUUAUGUGUGGCUUAUUCUGCUACCAUUGGAGGACUGACCACAAUCACAGGAACAUCGACUAAUCUGAUUUUUACUGAGCACUUCAAUUCACGUUACCCAGGUUGCCAGUGCAUCAAUUUUGGAUCCUGGUUUGUCCUUUCCAUCCCCAUUGCAGUUAUUAUUCUGCUGCUCUCCUGGCUCUGGCUGCAGUGGCUUUUCCUUGGGUUUGAUUUAAAAAACAUGUUCAAGUGUGGCAAGAAGAAAACAGCUAGAGAAGAGGCCUCAUCACAGGUGAUUCAGGAGGAGUACAAGAAACUUGGACCAAUUAGCUACCCAGAAAUUGUUACACUUGUCCUGUUCAUUCUAAUGACCCUCCUGUGGUUCACCAGAGAUCCUGGCUUCAUCCCAGGAUGGUCUUCACUUUUCCCAAAAUAUAAAAGCUAUAUUACGGAUUCAACAGCUGCCUUAGUGAUAGGCCUCCUGUUCUUUAUUAUUCCAGCAAAAACAUUGCAUAGGACAUCGAAUGGAGAAAACACUGUUUCUGCUUACAUUCCACUGAUUACUUGGAAGGAAUUUCAGUCAUGCAUGCCCUGGGAAAUAGCUAUUCUUGUUGGUGGCGGGUUUGCACUGGCAGACGGCUGCGAGGUUUCAAAACUUUCUGAGUGGGUAGCAAGUAAAUUGACACCUCUAGGAUCAUUACCCUUGUGGCUGAUUAUCCUGAUAUCCUGCCUUAUUGUCACUACAGUAACAGAAGUAGCCAGCAAUCCAGCUACCAUUACGAUCUUUUUGCCCAUACUAUCUCCUUUGGCUGAAGCCAUUCAUGUGAACCCACUCUUCAUUUUGAUACCUGCUACCUUGUGUACUUCCUUUGCAUUCCUGCUUCCUGUAGCAAACCCAGCCAAUGCCAUCGUGUUUUCAUAUGGUCAUUUAACUAUUAUGGACAUGGUGAAAGCUGGCUUGGGCAUUAACAUCAUCGGAGUUGCUGUAGUUAUGCUUGGGAUCAUGACAUGGAUAGUGCCUAUAUUUGAUCUCUAUACUUACCCAAGUUGGGUACCCAGCAUCCCAUCUACAAAUGGCACUGGGCUGUAAAAAAAAGUUUCCUUUUAUUUUCUCAUAUGUGGUGAGUCACUUAAAAUGCUUUCAGUCACCACAAUUAUAAGGAUCUACAUUACUAUAAAUGCUGUAUUUCACAGUCCUAGAGACUGAUGAUCCAGUCUGAGAGUCUAAUCAGGAAGAGUGCUAGACUUUCUAAAGAUCAUAGUUAGAUCAGGUUUCUAAUCUAGUUCAGCUAGUCUGAAUUUUUAUAUCUUCAUGUUAUGAAGGAAAAAAUAAAUGUGCAUAGCCAUUAUCACGGGCAAUUUGCCCCCAUUCUCAGGGUAGCAGAAUAAUGAAAUUUAGAAUUUAUUAUUUCAAAUAAAAAUCCUUGUUAUUACUUUUUUGGGAGUUGUCAGAGAGCGUGUUGGUUUUCUGUUUUCUAGAUUCAAGCUUUGUUUAAAACAGUGUUGAUCACAAACAAAAGAUCAGGGAGGGGACUGUCUUGAACCCAUAGUUUACAGACCAGUCAAAAAUGCACAAAAAAUAAAGAGCAGCAUGACCACUUACACAGCACUUUAUCUAUUAAGCACCUUGUAACCUGGAAGGAGAAUGCAUACGUAAGCAUAUAUUUAUGCUACAUCCUCCCAGGACCUCACUAAAAUACAUUGUUGCUUUUGUAAAAGAAAAAAAAAAUAUAUUUCUCUGUAUAGAGAAUGUUGAUUGAUCUGAGUUGAUCUGUACAAGUUAUCAUCACAUCUCUCUGCCAAAAGUAGAUAUAUCUCCUUGAGGAAUGAAACCAUAAGACAGUGCUGAAGAUUUAACAGUCAAUCUGCCAACCAAGUGAAUCUUCACCAGGAGGCUCAUGGUAUCUGCAGGACAGAUGGCAGUUUAAGGUUACUAUACUGUGUAAAUACUAUAAUGUUCUAAACAAAAUAGUGUAAUAUGGUCAGAGUGUAAGUUGGAGUUCAAAGAUAUCCCCAAAUAAUGAUGUUCUUGGUUGUUACAUAUUUUUCACCAUGAAGACUAUAGCUUUACUUGUUGUGAAGAUCUGUAAUAAUUUGUAAAGAGCAUGUAGUCUGAAUGUAGUCUGAAUGAAAGCUGUGUGUAUUUAGAUUGGAUCAUGCCUUGCGGCAUCCAUAUGAUAGUUGUAAACAUCAAUCUGUCUUUUAAAGAUUCUGUCCAUUUUCCUAACAACAACAACAACCAAAAAAUGCUGUUGGUUUUGAUUAAGGGUUUACAUUUGGUUUUGGUACUGCAUAUUUAGAGAUGUCAGUCAUGACUUCUGCAAUGCCAGAAUGCAGUGUAUAACCUUGUAUAUGUAGCUUGUUACCUGUAACUAUUAGUUGCAGGUUCAGCUGCAGUGAAUUAUUAAAGAAGCACUUUUUCUUAAUUAAUGAUUCCGUGUAAGUAUUGAAGUAAGUAUUGGUGCAUGACACCAUGCUUUUAAGCCUGAUUGUGGCUGCUAUCACAUUUUUUUUAUGCAGUGGCAAAAUAGGGCAAUGACCAUCACUGGGGCAACCAGGAGCUGCCACUAUAAAAAUAAUGCUUAUUGAUCCCCUGUAGCAAUGAUCAUCAGUACAGAUAUACAAUGCUUGGCUAAAUGAAGUCAGGUACCCGAGGGAAAUGCUGAUACAAGUAACUAAUCCAAGAUAUAAAUCCUGGAAUAUAUCAUAUGAUAUUUUACCAUAAGCAUGUGCAGUGCAGGAGCUCAUGGCUUGUUCAGACCUUUGGUCCUGAAGGCACAGAGAGGAAGACCAGCAAAGAGUGCUCUUACUUACUUUAAGGUAUCACUUUCCAAUUUUGUCAGUAAUUUUCCAAUUAUUCAAGAGCAGUGAAAACAGCGAAUCACAGUAUUUCAAGUGGAAGGGAUCUCAGAGGCAUCCAGUCUUGCUCAAAGAAAAGUUAUUAUUCUGUUCAGACCAGGUUGCUCAGGGAUUUGUCUAGUCAUCUUGAAACUCUCCAACAUGAAACUCAACAUGCACAAUUUCCCUGACUAAUGUUCUCCAGUGCUUUACUGGCCUUGUGGUGAAAUAUUUUACCUUUAAACAAAUAAGAAAACAUAUUUAUUUCAGGUUAACAGACUCAUUAUUCUCCCUUUUAUUUGGGAUUGAUACUUUUCUGUUAGUAAAACUGGGUCUUUUUGCUUUUUAAUGAACCAUGAAAUAGGGAAGACAGUCCUCUUUGUGGCUUUAUGUUCACCACUCCCACUGGAUGUUGUAUUUUUAAUCUCCACAGGUCUGAUCUGCAAAGCCUUACAAUCAUGUGGUACUGCUGUUUAGCCAAAGGAAAUCUGUUAACUUCUUCUGAGCUGCCCGCAACUUUUAUUAACUUUCCCAAAACAGAAUUGGCUACAAUUGGUUAUAACCUCAGCCUUGAAUAUGGCAAUGAGGUCUACAGGUCCAUGAAUGCACUUCUCCUUUAAAUCAGGCUUUGACACCAGUAUUCUCUCUUCAAGUUGCAUAUCUUCAUGGAAGAAAAUAACUAUUUGGCACCAGUUAAGAGAACUCUUGAGAAGCUGUCUACCAUAAGAAGCGAUACAGUUUUCAGUAAAGCUGAAGCUGUUUGUGCUGGUUGAUUUUCAGCUGUUCAUUUUCUUUACUUUCUGUCUUAUUCAUAAAAUCAGUAUGACAACAAAGGCCUGUCAUGUCUGAACCAUCAUAAUUCAGACCACAGAAUUUCCCUAAGUUAUUUUUUCAGGGAAGAAAUUAUGGUUAAGUAUCUUAGUAAACAGGCAAAAAUAGUAAAAUUUUUCAUGAAGGAUGCAUUUUUAAAAACUAUUUUCACUAAAAUUAGUGUAUGCAGUGGAUAAUAUACAAAGAGACAAGGGAGAGUUUUGUAAAGCCGGUCAUCUCUUGGACCUCAUGUUUUUGUAAUUUGUUAAGAUGAAACACAGAAUUAUAUAUAAACUUACUUUCAGCAACCAGCAUCUUAAUUGUGUCAUAAUGUGCUAAGUUAAUGACGAAAGUUAAUAAUUAAGCACGUUGGUUUUGGAGACUUUAUCUUGCAAGUAAGGCAGUCAUGAAAAAUCAGGUUGGUAGUACUGGGAAAGUAGGUUCUCAGCAGGAUUAUUAACUUGUUUUGCUAGAAGUUUAAGGAAUGGGUCAGACUCAACACUUGAGAUUAUUUGUUAUUAUUAUUAACUUAUUUUUAAAGCUUUUAGGAAUGUUUUAAGUAAAAAUUAACAACCCUGCAGUGCAGGGAUUAAUAUUGAUAUUUUAUUCCCCACCUGAGAGCAUUGAAAUAGAAGAAAAAGAAAUUCAGAGUGUGGUGAUCUUGGUACACAAGGAGUGGAUUUAGCUUGGACUGCAGGCACAGAUCACUGUGCUGAUCACCAGCAGAAACACACUCUUCAUAUGUUGCUAUUAUAUUCCUUACUUUGACCAGAAUUUGUAUUAGGACAAAUGGUAGGAAUGCACCUAUAAUUAUUUUAAGAGUUGAUUAUUAUAUGAUGACAUUAACUAUUUGUAAAUUGCUUUGUUCCUAAUUUCCAUAUAAAAGGUGUUGAUUUUUUUCUUUGAAUCAGAUGAGUCUAAUCAGUUUACUUUAAUAGUACAUAAGUAAUAUUUGUGACUUACUAUUUAUUUGUGAUCCCAUUCCUGAUGAAUUAGAAGGAGCUUUUGCUAUGUACUUCACUGGGGAUAUGUUCUCCCUUUCUAUGGUCAUGGUAUAUUUAGUGUAUUUUCACUUUAUUUUGGAAGAUGUGCAUUUACAUUAGCAGAAACCACAAACCAUGUGUACCCUGGAAAUAUCUUCUUGGCUUUUCUGUUUUACAAUCAGGCAAUCAGAUCAAUCUUGCAGCAUAAACCCCUUUAUGUACUUUUAAAAUGAAAUGACUGUGUUUGUUUACUGCCAGGGUCUAGCUUGUUUAAAAUCAACCAGCCUAUAGCUCAAGGGGUCACUGCAGAGCAGUGCAGCACAGCAGCUCAGGAAGAGAGUAGAAAAAAAUAUCCUGGAUUUUAACAGCUCUUUGAUUAUGUGUGGAUACGAAACCACCUUGCAACAACAACAAAAAUACUCUUGCAUGCUACGUGCAGCUGCUGGCAGGACUGGAAGGCUUCUAUUGAGCCUUUAGAUGUCCAGAAGUUUGGCCGGCCCUCUCUCCUGCCCUGCCCUUGGCAGCCCACAGCAGGAUGCCACUUUCUGUGAUGGUGGCACCCCAGAGCACCUGAGGACAUCCCCCAGUGGUCAGGCCUGCACAUAUAUCAGAUCACUUUGCAGCUAUUAGUCAGAAAUUAUAAUUUCAGUUAUCAGCUUAGUUCUUUGUCUCUGCAAACUUCAUUUGAUGGUUUAUGGUUUUAACAAUCACUUGAACUGAAUUCUUGUCAGUGCUAUUCCCUAAUACUUUUGCCUUUUGUGUUUGGAAGUUUAUGUAUGUUAUUUUACCUGCACAAUGUUCAAUUUCUGCAUAAUUUUACUUUACAAUACAAAUCUAGUGUUUUUAAAAUAAAUAUUUUCUGAAUGCUGCUCAGUCCAACAUGUUUAUCACUCACAAGAGCUAAAGU